UGACUUGUAGUUGUGAGUGACAUUGAGUUAUUUUCAAGUCCACUAGGGUGCGCUGUACGCGAUGGCAAUAUGGAUCUGAAUACUGACAAAAAUUCUGACAACGCUUUGAGUUUCAAAGUUGGUAUUUAUAAUGAGAGUCGCUGUAAGCUGUGACAUACCAUGCAAGACGCAGUCAAGCGUUUGAUAGUAAAGUGAUUUGACUUUGUGUACUGCUGAUAUUGUACUUUUUAAACUUAUUUUUAAUCAAAUUUUUUCUUUAAAUACGACGCAAUUUGUUUUGCUUGGAUAUCGUAACAUUUUUUUUAUACUAUAAUUGACAAAUGGGCCGAAGAAAGAGUAAAAGGAAGCCACCACCAAAACGUAAGGCCAUUGAGCCUUUAGAUACGCAAUUCAAUUGUCCAUUUUGCAAUCAUGAGAAGUCCUGCGAAGUUAAAAUGGAUAAGCCAAGAAGUACAGCGAGAAUUACCUGCAGAGUCUGCUUAGAAGAUUUCCAAACAACAAUAAAUAUGCUCUCUGAGCCUCUUGAUGUUUACAAUGACUGGAUCGACGCUUGUGAGACUGCUAAUUGAAGUGCUUGAGAUAGGCUU